UACCACACCAAUACCUGAGCUGUUAGCAUUUGCGUUACAACCUAUUUGUCAGAAAAAAUUCUCAAAUUCCUUCUGUCUUCUACUCCUUUCCUCUCUUUAAAAACACCAGUCAGCCUCUUGUUCUUCUCAUUCUAAGUUUGUUUGUAGAUCUUGUAAUCACAUAAGAAUUUUAGUAGUCAUGGGUUUAGUUGAGAGAGUUAUAUUCUUCAUGGCUUUGGCUGUUCUCUGUGUUGCUUCUUCAACGGCUGAAGUUUACAAGGUUGGUGAUGAUAAGGGAUGGACUACUCUUAGCCCCAUUCCUGAUUACCAAAAAUGGUCUUCUACCAAAGACUUCAAAGUUGGUGAUUCCAUUGUUUUCGAGUACUCACCAGAGAUGCACAACGUGGUCCAAGUGAACUACACAGACUACAAGAACUGUAACGCUGCAUCACCAAUCAGAACCUUCACUUCCGGAAAGGACACAAUUCCAAUCAAGAGAAAGGGACACUUUUGGUACAUUUGUGGAAUUCCCGGUCACUGUGCAAUGGGACAGAAAGUUGAUAUCAGGGUUGUUCCUCAUGUAACUCAAACUCCACCUUCAACAACUUCUUCUCCUUCCGCUCCUACACCUUCAUCAGGUCCUUCACCGUCUGCCAGUACUGCACCAGCUCCUUCACCAAAGAAAAGCAGUGCUGUGACUAUUUCUAAGGGUCUUUUCGGAAAGUUUGGUUUCCUUGUUCUUGCAGUCGUAGCUGCUGUUGCUUACUAGGGUUUAUUUUUAUGAUGAGGGACCUUAAUUUGCUGCUUCGAAUUUUUGUUUUUGUGGAACUAUUGAUUGAUAUGGAUUUUGUUUUUACGGUUCAACUUUCUGUGUCUAGUAUCUUCACAUUGUUAUGGCCUUAAACUGUGACAAUUGUGUUUUCUUAUUUUAUUACUGUAUCUGAAUAUCCUAUAUUUGUGGUUGGAAUAAAAAUCCAUUUUAUUACUGA